AUGCCACGGCCGAAACCACCGCCCACUCCAACCGGCUCAUCUGACUUGAAAGCCUUGGAGAACUUGAAGGCGUUCCAGACCUCAGAGAUGGAAUCGAUCUUCACGCUGCCACCGCCAGCAAUUCGGUCGACCGACGCACACUCCCAGACCCCCUCGAAUGGAAAGUCGUCGCAUACACGAGACGCCACAAACUCUACGGCGCCCUCGCAAAGUACGCCUCCUGUCUCUCCUCAAGACAAACCGCUCGCCGCGAGUCCCCGACACAAGAGGACGUCUUCAGGAGUGGUCAAAGCGGCCGUCGAGUCUGCGGCCGCCAACGGCGGUGCCAAUACUUCCUACGCUCUCCCCCCUCCUCCAAGUCGAGCCCGCAAGAUCAUUCAGAUGAAGCCCAAAUCUCAGACGACAAACAACUCCUCUCCAGCCAGUGAUGCGAGCUACGUACCUCCCGCAUCGGCGGCAACCUCCACGACGUCUCCUCCCAACAAAGCCUCCACAGCCGCAUCCGCAGCGUCGAACACCACCACAAACUCGAAGCGGAAACAACCCUCUGCCACCAGCGCUGCGGGCAGGAAGAUUGCCCGCAAGACCGCCCAUAGCAUCAUAGAACGACGCAGGCGGAGUAAAAUGAAUGAAGAGUUUGGGGUCUUGAAAGAUAUGAUUCCCGCUUGUGAAGGCGUGGAGAUGCAUAAACUUGCCAUCUUGCAAGCAGGAAUUGAGUACGUACGGUACUUGGAGGGAUGUGUGGCCCAGCUGAAGGAUGAGAAUGCAAAGUUAGGGGGCAGAAUGAGAUCUUCAACGAGUUCGAGGAUGCAGUUGGACGACCCGCCGGGCGAGGAUGAGGAUUUGGACGACGAAGACGAAGACGAUCAAGACGAGGAUGAGGACGAGGAUGGAGCUGUCGACGUCGUGACUACGACUAUUCCUGCGGCCCCACCAGCAAGGGGACGGAGUAGUCGACCUAGCACCGUGGCCGGCAGCGAAUGGACAUUGCGAGACUCGCGCAAGUCCUCUGUCGCGUCAUUGAGCGGUUCUUCAACCUAUCCGUCCCCUCACAUUCACAGCCAAUCGCAAGGAGCAAUGGACGAAGCUGGCAACUUGAAGAAGAGACCGCUCUUACCAGCCGGCGUACAGUCCUUUACAGCUUCGCCCUCCAUCACUGUGCACUCCGGGGGCAUGGUCUCCUCUGCGACUCCGACUCCGACACUGUUGUCACCAGCAUUCAACUCCAUCCAUUUCUCACCCGACCUGGCACGGACGCAAACCAACAGCAGUGUCGGGAAGUCUGGGAGCGGCGUGCUUAACACACCGACGUCCUCUUGGGCAAGCGUUAAUCCCUCGGGCGGCUCUUCGGGUUCGAUGUCAAACCCGAGCCCGAAUUUACAGCCGCUGCCUUCGCCAAAAGCCGCCAUGAACCUCCCACUACCUCACCCUGCGGUGGCGUCCUUACAACUGCCACCCCAUUACAACGCAUCGAUCCAGCGCGAACGUGAGGCUGGGAGCAGUUCUCCCGGCGCCCUGAGUGAUGGUUCGGGCACCGCGGAGGCCACAGCCAGUGCGGCCUUGAUGAUGUUGACGAACGAGUGGAGAGGUGGUGGGAGGACCGAGGCCCAAAGCAGCGUGACAGCCUCGACGGUAGGCCGGAUGAGAGACAGCAGUAAAGAUCGAGGCAAGGGCAUGAGCGUGCGAGAUUUGUUGAGUUCAUGA